AUGCUGAAUUUAAUUGAAGGUAUUGAUCCUUCAAUCAAAGAAAUUACGAUUAAAUUUGCCAUUCCAGUGAAGUUACCUACUGCGAAUGAACUAAAUGAUGAUAAAUAUAAACCAGAUCUAUUACGACAAACUGAUAACUACACAGUGCAUAUUCCAAUUUUUGAAAGCACAUUUAACCAACAAAAUUCUACCUAUUAUAUGUUUGUUGAAAAUAAUUUUGCCAUCUCCCAAGAGAGAGAUGAACCUUUAUUGAGAAAAUUUGGACGUUGUCAACAACUGAAGUAUUAUACAUAUUUUUUUUGUUACAAAAUAACUUAAAAAUGUUAGAGUGUAACGGAAAUUAAAAUACUUAAUGAAUUUUUAUUUCAAAAGAAGGUUUUAAGUAACAAAAUUACGAAAAAAACAAUAUUUAUUUGUUAACUUUUUUUUUU